UACACCCAGUCUCAACCUCUUUGGACUCUAGCUUCUCUCACUUUCUCUGCAAGCAAACAAACAAACAGUCUUUACUCAACUCAACUCUCUGAUUGUUACAACAACCCUUUUGUUGAAAUUAGAAUUUCGUAGAAAGUUUUUAAAUGGGAAGACCUCCUUGCUGCGAUAAGAUUGGUGUCAAGAAAGGACCUUGGACUCCUGAAGAAGAUAUCAUCUUGGUCUCUUAUAUUCAAGAUCAUGGACCUGGCAAUUGGAGAUCGGUUCCUACUAAUACAGGUUUGCUUAGAUGCAGCAAGAGCUGCAGGCUUAGAUGGACAAAUUACCUACGGCCAGGUAUUAAACGCGGUAACUUCACCGAUCUUGAAGAGAAGAUGAUCAUCCACCUCCAAGCUCUUUUAGGCAACAGAUGGGCAGCCAUAGCGUCUUACCUUCCUCAGCGAACAGACAACGAUAUAAAAAAUUAUUGGAAUACCCAUUUGAAGAAGAAGCUGAGAAAGCUUCAAACGGGCGUCGAUGGUCACAAUCAAGAUGUGUUGUCUGCUUCACAAGUCUCAAAGGGCCAGUGGGAGAGAAGGCUGCAAACAGACAUUCACAUGGCGAAACAAGCCCUUUGUGAGGCUUUAUCUCUUGACAAAACAAGCUCUUUACCGGCUGGCUUAAAGCCUAACACUACAAAUAUCUAUCCUCCUUACACAGCUCCAAGUCAGGGUUCUACCUAUGCAUCAAGCGCUGAAAAUAUAUCUAGACUGCUUGAAAAAUGGAUUAAAAAUCCAUCAAAAAAACCUCAAAAAAACUCAGAUUCGUUCAACAACGCCGUUGCAACAACGGGUUCCAAUUGCAGUGAAGGGGCAGCUAGUACCACCACACCUGAGGGUUUUGACUCACUCUUCAGCUUCAACUCUUCUAACUCAGACGCCUCUCAAUCGAUGUCGCUGGACGAGACGAUGACGACAGCGACGGCGAAUUUGACACCCGAGACAAGCCUCUUUCAAGACGAAAGCAAGCCGACUUCGGAGACUAACCAAGUCCCUCUAACAUUGCUGGAGAAAUGGCUGUUUGAUGAUGGUGCCGUUCAGGGUAAUGAAGACCUAAUUAACAUGUCGUUAGAGGAUAGUGCAGCGUUAUUUUAGAAGCAACAAAACUAUGUCUACCAAGCUUGAGCAUGCAAAUAAAUACACAUUGAUAUGUGAUAUAUAUUAUCAUAUAAUUAGGUGAUAUUAAAUUAAAGAUAAAAUAAUAUCUAAUUAUAUGAUAAUAACCUAUUUGUGUACUCAAAAGGGGUAUGUAUAGAAUUACUGAGAUACAAACAUAGACCUUUUAUUUCUCUGUUUUUGGGGGUUUAAGGCCUUGAGCUAGAAGAGAUCAAAGCUGUUCAUUUCUAGCUCAGCCUAAACAGAAACUUAAAACUCUCUCUCCCUGGCAGAAGAACAAAAACUGUAAAUUAUAUUACUAAAUUAAUAUGUUAUAAUAUGUAUUAGUUCAUAAAAUAAAUCUCUUAUUUCUCUA